AUGGCGCUGCUAACACGAUCGAUAUGCCAGGACACAAAAGUUCGGCAUUUCGCACGACGCAUUGAGGAAGUGGCCGUUCCCAACGUGCCCGGCGUGUCCAGCGCAAAGAGGUUCUAUCCUAUCAUCUCACUGCGAGAGAUCUUCUCCAACGACGAAGUCCAGAGUAUCCUCAAUCACCGGUGCGACGAGUGCAAGAAGCACUUGAGCGGCGACAAUGCAGCUUCUCUCGACCGAUCUUCUGCUGAUAAGAUCAUGAGGAGUGACGCCGCAUUGAGUCUGUUCGCGCUGCUGAUAUGCCUGGGAUACCCGUUGUUAAUUGGGUGCUUCUUGACCUUCUAUGGCCGGUCCAUCCGAGAGCCUCGACUUUAUUCUCAGUCUGAUCUUCGUGACACGGUUUUCAAGUUCCUGCCCGAAAGGCUGAGGGAGGAAGUCACGAUGUGGUUUCAGCAAUGGAAAUGGCAAUUCUCUCCACCGUCGUUUGAGGACGGAUCCUACCAGUUGUACCAGCAAGGCACCAUCCUGCCCUACUUGAAAGAGGCAAAAAUCGGACCGGGAGGCUUCAGCGAUGUGUACAGAGUUGAUAUUCACCCGUCGUACUCUUUUGCCCGGAAGGAAUUCCGGAGCCAUGACACGAUCGCUUUCAUCAAGGAAAGGACGAAUCUGCAGCGAAUAGCAGAACUUAAGUCACAGCAUCUCGUCCAGAUCCAGAAAACGUACCUGCUAGAGGACAAAUUCAACAUCCUGUUCCCACUGGCCAAGACGAAUUUAUACAAGUACUUGCGCGAGAGCGUCUGGAGGGCGCCUUGCCCUGCGAACAUCAGCAAAAACCCCUUGUGGGAACAAGUGCUCGGCAUCACUAUCGCGCUCAAGAAGAUCAUUCACUUCAUCGAUCCCAGGGAGCCUGGGAAGGUGCUAUUCGGAUACCACCUAGACCUCAAGGGGGAGAAUAUCCUGGUCGACUCGUCGACUACCUCGGCUGACAUCCUGAAAAUUACCGAUUUCGGACAGACCGAAUUUCUUGAUCCCAGCCUCCAAACUACCAAUGCAACGCCUGGCUUUGGUGGCACCGAAGCUUACGCUCCUCCCGAGUACACACUACAUCGCCCGGAUAGUGUGUACGAUAUCUGGUCCCUCGGUAUCAUCGUGCUUGAAAUCCUUGCUUAUGCAGCAAUGGGUACCAGGGGCUUGGUUGACAGGGAGGUCGGUCUGGAUUGGGUUAGAUAUACAAUAACCGGGUCUCAAGGGGACUCUAGGUUUUAUAUUGGCAGAGGGGAGAGUGCGCAAAUCAAGCCUGCCAUAGUGAGAUGGAUGGCUGAGCUGGAAGAGAUGCAAGACGCAACAAAUCGACGGUUUGUCAAGCAAGUGCUGGAGCUGAUAAGGCGGAUGCUUGAACCGCGGAGGAGAAAUCGCAUUACCAUCGAUGAACUGGUGUCAGAGAUGACCACCAUCUUUAAUGUGACGCCUUCUGAGGUCCCCGAAAUCUCUAUCGAAUCCUUAGGGUUGGAGGCCGAUGAGGUGGUUCUACUGACAUCUUUGGCACCAGACAGACGACAAGACAUGCAGUUGAGUCUUCCCUUUCGUCAUGUCGUCGAACCUCCAACAGGGGCAUUUGCAAUGUCAUUUUCCGCGCUGGAAAAGGACCAUCCCGUUGCGCUGGACAGGGGAUCAAUUAGUGUCAACGAUAGAGCUGCUGUCAGGCUCUUGCAAAUGGCAUUAACCGGCCAUACCGUUUCGAAAACGACUUAUUCAUUGGAAGAAGGGUUUGAGUUGAAACGGCGUAAAUCGAUGAGCCUCAAAGUUAAGGGCCUUUUCUCCCAUGGCCCCGACGAGUCAGUGAAACCCCCCAGGGCUCUGUGGCUGGAGCUGUGGGUAGAAGAACACACCAAACUCCCCAACCCGGACAUACCAAAUGGUGCCGCUUCUCCCGAUCCGGGACGUCGUAUCAACCGAGAGCCCGAUCUAGGAAAGAAAACGCCUUUGGGAAGAGUGGUGGUCUACUGUGAAGAUCGGAUUUUCAUCGUGCCAUUUGCUCCAGAAUGGCGAAUCAAAAGCGAAGAAGAUAUCAAAAGGCGUGGGCAACGCGAGCUUAUUCUGCAUCCCAUGGACAAAAGUCAAAGGGAUGUCUUCAACGUCUCAGAAAUAUUGGGGAACAACAACACGCAUCCUGCUAUUCCCAUGUCGCAUGACUCAUUACGAAGAGUUGAGAAAUGCACCCGCUUUUCGUGUGAGGAGAUGAAGUUGAAAUUCCAAAAUGCCAAUGGACCGGAGCAUGGGCAAGAAACCAACUACUACGAGCUUGAUGCCGACGGAUUACCCGGUCAUGCAUUAACGCAGCACAUGUUGACCAAGCUGCCGCCCUUUUUGCGAGGCAGUUCGUAUCUAAUCUGUUAUUAA